GAUGCAGCAAGUCUGAAGCGCGUCGCCGGUGGUUGCUGACUCGCCACUCUUGCAGAUCCCUCUCCACCGAAACAAUGAAUGGACAGCAGAACAUGUUACGACUCUUGAGAACGCCAGUGGCAAAAUGCCGUUUCGUACAAUGUUCCCGAACGCAGACUAGACGGUUUACAAAGGAAUCGCCCGUGGAUUUCGAUCCUGUCAAGAACCUCCAGCUAUCUACAGCCAGCCUUCCACCUUCACCUCCGUUGAAACAGAAAUUUAUUUCGCAAAGAAUGUCUACAAAGGAGUUGGAGCAAGUAGAAAUAGGCAUUGGAAACCAUAGAAGACCCGAACGGUUGAGUGAUUGGAUAGCAUUUUGGAUGGCAAGUGGGUUGAUUCAUGGCCCCUUUCUGUGGGGCUUCAGGAGGAGAUAUAUACAUCCAGCUGUGACAUUUGAGACAAUUUCCGGCGUGCCAGGAAUGGUAGGGGGGAUGGCUCGGCAUUUGAGAAGUUUACGAAAGAUGCGUCACGACUAUGGGUGGAUUCACCAUCUGUUGGACGAAGCCGAAAAUGAACGCACGCAUCUGAUGAUUUGGAUGCGUGAAACAUCACCGAGUUAUCUGGAGCGGCUUUCUGUAACCUUCGCCCAAGCCGCAUAUUUUCUCGCGUAUGGAUUAUGCUAUGAACUUUUACCUGGGAUUGCGCAUCGCACCACUGCAUACUUGGGCGAAGAGGCUGUAUGGCGCUACACGCUGCUUAUCAAUGACAUUGACCAUGGCAAAUGCGAAAACAGAAAGGCAGGUGACAUUGCCCGAGAGUACUAUAACCUUCCGGAGGAUGCCACUCUGCGGGAUGUGGCAGUCGCAGUGCGAAUGGAUAAAGCAUCUCAUCGUGACAUCAAUCAUCACUUUGCGGACCGUAUUCAUGCUGGUUGCGAGAACCUGCACGAGAAUUACAGUCCUCGAAAACAUUUCGUAGGACGGAAAGUCAUUCCUGUUGGACCCCAUGGCAUGUCACUUGAAAGGACGGAUUUUGUGAUGGAACGCUGACGUACGCUAUAUUACACCAAAUUUGAACGUUGCGUGAAAGUGCCGAAAUAUUUUGUAAACUUCAACGUAUUGGUAAUUUUAAUUACAAAAUGAAUUGGUACAUCCUCAGAUUCCUCAUCGUCCUCUCAGCAAACAAGCAAUCCAUAUCCAAACACCGACCACCUCUCCUGCAUAUCCACAACACCAGACCGCACAUGCAAAUUCGCACCAUUCGUCCGCACAUGCAUGGACAUCAGUGGCCUGUACGGCCGCGAGAAUGUCAUUUGUAUCCGUAUAUGGCAAAGAUAUUGGGCUCCCUUUCAGCCUAUAUACGGCACGGAGACGGGAUAAGUCCUGUAAACUCGAUAAAGAACUGGACACCUGCUCAUUGGAUGUCUGAGUGCAAACCGCGGUCUCGAGUGUUGGCAAAGCACUGAAUAAUGUUCUGGAUGCCAAUCUGGCAAUUAAUGGAAGGGAAUGUCAGUACAUCCCCUACAACAGACUGCUAUUCUGUCAUUUUGUUUCGGAAUCGGUCCGAAUAGAACUCACCGGUUCCAUCGUGUGGGCUUAUUUCCUCUCCAUGUCUCAAUCCCCGCUAUUAUUGCACGCUCCAGACGACCUUC